AAUUGAAAAAAUAUACAGUACGUGAUACAAUCCUUUCUCUUCCCUAACUAGAUAAAAUGUACGGAAUAUACAUUCAUAACCAGACACGUCGCACUGAGAAAAAAAAACCCACACAACAUUCAGUUUCGUAUUAGGCUAUUAGCCAUUAAUUACAGAAGAUUUUCACAAUGUUCAUAUGAAUAUAUAUAGUUUGAUAUUUUAUGUAAGGAAAAAAAAAGGGAAUAUAGAGAGAAAUUGGAAUGGGGGAAGAAAUAGGGUGUUGCAAGAGAACAGGACCAGGAUAUGCAACUCCAUUGGAAGCCAUGUCUGGUCCUAAAGAAGCUCUUCUUUAUGUUACUUGUGUUUAUAAUGGUUUUUACAACGGAUUUGUAUGUAUCCAUGCAGGAACGGGAAGGGAGAAGCCUGAUUUUCUGGCAACGGUUGAUGUAGAUCCGAAUUCACCAACUUAUUCUAAAGUCAUCCACAGACUAUCUAUGCCAUAUAUAGGUGAUGAACUGCAUCACUCUGGGUGGAAUGCUUGCAGCUCUUGCCAUGGUGAUCCAUCGGCCGAUCGACGUUUUCUGGUCCUGCCUUCGUUUCUGUCCAGUCGUGUCUAUGUGAUUGACACACAAAAGAAUCCCAAGGCUCCCUCUUUGUAUAAAGUUGUGCAGCCGGAGGAUAUCAUUAAGAAAACCGGCCUAGCAUAUCUGCACACGUCUCACUGUCUUGCCUCCGGGGAUAUAAUGAUUUCGUGUCUCGGAGAUAAAGAUGGAAAUGCCGAAGGAAGCGGAUUUCUUCUCCUUGAUUCCGAAUUCAACAUCAAAGGGAGGUGGGAGAAACCGGGGCAUAGUCCUAUAUUCGGCUACGAUUUUUGGUACCAACCUCGACAUAAAACAAUGAUCAGCUCAUCGUUUGGUGCUCCGACUGCCUUCACCCAAGGUUUCCAUCUUCAGCAUGUUGCAGAGGGUCUGUAUGGGAGAUAUCUGCAUGUGUAUAGCUGGCCUGAUGGUGAACUUAAACAAACGUUGGAUCUCGGUGGUACCGGUUUCAUGCCUUUAGAGAUAAGAUUCCUGCAUGAUCCAUCUAAAGAUACAGGGUACGUCGGGUGCGCCUUGACGAGUAACAUUGUUCGGUUUUUCAAAACUGAAGACGGAUCAUGGAGCCAUCAGGUGGCAAUCUCAGUGAAACCAUUGAAGGUACAAAAUUGGAUACUUAAAGAAUUGCCUGGAUUUAUAACUGACAUCUUAAUCUCUCUCGAUGAUCGGUUUCUGUAUUUUGCCAACUGGCUGCACGGAGAUAUCCGACAAUAUAACAUCGAGGACCCCAGAAAUCCGGUCUUGGUUGGCCAAGUAUGGGCUGGAGGAUUGAUUCAAAAGGGAAGCCCUCUAGCGGCCAUGACAGAAGAUGGUAAAACAUGGCAAUCCGAUGUUCUGGAAAUCCAGGGACAUCGAUUAAGAGGGGGACCGCAGAUGAUCCAAUUAAGCUUAGACGGUAAGCGGCUAUACGUGACGAACUCGGUAUUCAGCACAAUGGACCGACAGUUCUAUCCAGAACUUGUGGAGAAAGGUUCCCACAUGUUGCAGAUCGACAUCGACACUGAGAAAGGCGGCCUUAAAAUAAACCCGAACUUUUUUGUCGAUUUUGGAGCAGAACCUGAUGGUCCUUGCCUGGCUCAUGAGAUGAGAUAUCCAGGUGGUGAUUGUAGUUCAGAUAUUUGGAUUUAAAGCAUAUGAAGAAACCAGUUUCAGCUAUAAAGAACAAUGAAUGCAAUAUGCAAAUUCUUAAAGAA